AUGGUGUCCACGCAAUUGAAAGAAGAGAUCAGCGGCAUUGUGGAAAGGGUGACUACUAGGGUUGAUUUGCAGGUGAAGAAUGCGAUCAUGGGACUGAACCUGGACGAGAGGAUCAAUCGGUUGGAGACAUUUAUUAACCCGAUCCUCGGCUUGGAGACCAUGAUUGCUGGCAUUGUUGCUGACAAGAUAGCUGCAAUGCAGGAUGCAGUGAUUAACUCAGUUUGCUCUCGUCUUCGAAACGAUGUACUGGUUAAACCACACGAUAUCAACCAAAAUGUGACUCAGAUAGGAAAAAAUCAGCCGGACAGGAACGUUGAAAGCAGAUCCCUACUAUCUGGUCAUAUUCCUAUACAGGGCGUUGGAAAAUAUCACCCCCGCUACGCUACGCUCCCGCUCCCAGAUUUGGAUAUUACAGAAGGCCCAGCCGUUUCUGCAAACCCCAUACAGGACAGGAGGACGGGUGUCUUAGAUCCUGUUUCGACUGAAGAUGCUCAGGUAACCCAUCCAAGCGAGGUCAAUGAACCAUCAUUCUCCCUUGGCGUUGGAGUUUCUCAGGCAGCACCUAAUACAGUUGUUGUUAAUGCAAAACCUCUGGAGUAUGUUCUACCGGCUUCUAGGCCAGCUGAGCCACCCAUAGCGCCCCGCAAAAGCACGAGAUCUCGUGUUACUCCCGCUGGGCUGGAUGAUUUUAAAUGCGACCCCACUGUUGUGGGUGGGCUGAUCUUUAUGAGAGAUCUGGAACCGCACUACUUGGGGGUUCUUGAGCAGGUUACAGGGAUGCAGUCCACCAAUAUAGGGAGGGACCACUCGGUCCCCAUGUUUGAUUUCCUUGAUAUCGCCCUUAGAUCAACCCAAAUGGCCCCCAAGGUUAUGGACUCUUUAAUGGCGUUCAUUAACAGCCAAACAUCCCUGAAUGACGCCACGGUAAUUGUAUCAGAUACCAACCUUCCCGCCACCCUUAUGUCACACCAUUCUAGGUUUGUGAAGACGUCUGUGAAAGAUCGACUGAAGUUCAAGUUCAGCGGAGACGCGCUCUGCUGCGUCACCCCUCGUUUCAAAGGAAGGCUGUAUUUCCCGUUUAACAUCGACCAGCAGCACUGGGUUGGUGCUUGCGUGGAUUUUAAGGCUGGUGUGCUUCAUGUGCUAGACUGCAACACAGCUCUGAUGAGCGAUAGCCUUAUGAGGAAGGAGCUGACUCCGGUCGCAAGCAUGUUGCCGUUCAUCGCUUAUGGAGGCAGCAAGGGCGAGUCAAGCGCGCUCGUGAAGGCUUUCACCGUUUCUAGGUGUAAAGGAAUCCCACAGGUUGCAUCCGCUACCGACGCUGCCGUGAUGACUGUGCUUCUCAUUGACGCUCACAAAGAAGGUGGCGUUGAUGCCUGCAAAACCAUAACACCCAGAGUGCUGCCAGGUGCUGCGAAGCAGCUUCUCGUCAAGUUUUUCAGACACAUAACGCAAAGCGCCACCAAUGAGUGAGGCUCAGUCUAGUCUUCAAUAUUUUACCGGGGAAAAACUAUUGUUCGGAUUAAUUCUUGUCUUAUUUGGUUAACUUUAUUCUACAAUUUAUCUCAACGCAGAGACUCUGCACUAAUGUAGGACUCUUUUUAUUUGCUAAGGACUAUGUUUAUUGCUAAAAAUUUAGUCACUUCUUUUU